AUGGUGACAUCUGCCUUAUUCCUUCAUCAUCUGUCCAUCUUCCCGCGCACUCAAUUCGGUAUAUCCACGUAUUAUUCUCUUCCAUUAUUGCACCAAAAACCAGCAAUGUCCCCAUACAAAUUCCCUCUUCUGAAACUCCCUAGAGUUGCUUUGAAUGAAGUUCUGAAGCUAUUCACUCCAUUUGAAAUAAUCUCCCUGUCUUUAUGCAGUAAUUACACAAAAUCAAUAUGCAAGACCAUUCGUGCGGUCACUCAUUGCAAGGAGACACUCACUAAAUUCGAUGUUUUUAUUGAUUCCCACUAUGAGAUACAUCUUCAAUUCUCAUAUCUCCCAGCUCAUGACUGGGUUUUUUAUAUGAGGAAGAAGCGUCCGGUACCAGAGAGUACCAGAGAUAGGCGUUUUGUCGAUAAUGUUCGGGAGUUUUUUCGAGGGGAGAAAAGAAUUUUAAAGUUUUUCGGUUCAAAAAAGUCUCGCAAGCAGAAACUACAAGAAUACGUUUCAUCAUGGGAUCCACGUAGAAGAGUUGUUGAACAUUGUACUGGUGGGCGUGGAACUAUUACAACCACCGAGUAUGCUCUACGUCUUCGCACAUCGGAUUGCCUGAUAUCGGCCACCAGGAACUUAUGCUUCUACAUCUCUGAAAUAUUUCAUCAUGAAAUUCAAGCGUUUGCAUUUGAUUAUAAAAUGUUUGGCAUUGAAGAGAACCAGUUGAUAUUGGAAUUAUUCUGUCAACAACCUGUUCAACAAUUUCAAUUAUCUGGAGACACCUCAAAUGAUUCUUCAAAGAAUGAUAUUUUGACCGAGAUACUCACCCAACAGAAAGCGAUAAAUAGGCUAAAUUUACGCUUUAACCCAAGUGUAGAUUACCGUUUUGACCUCAAUCAGUUUGAAAAUCGUUCAGAUUCUUUAAAUAUUUUGCAUUCUCACUGGAUAACUUUUCAACAACUGCAGGAGAUCAAAUCUCAAAUGGUGUUUCUCUCGAGAUCUAAUUUUCUCCAAGCAGAUUUCAAAGUAUUGAUACAAAAAUGGAGAGAUGGGUGGAGUCCAAAUUGGGAAGCACUUAUGAUUGAAUUCAAUGAGGAUAUCAAUAUUGACAAAUGUGUUGAAGGACAGUUCAUUCAAUUGCAAACAAAGGACUGGAAGAAUAAAAAAGCUGUUUAUAGGUGA